CUCGCUCGCCGCUAUUUUGCGGGGAGUAGCUUAUUGCUGAGCAACGGAGGGAGAGCAGGCCACCGCACACAGAGCAAGACUGAGCUGCAGCAACGGCAGGGCUGGGCUGGGCUCCACACACACACACACACACCUUCUAACAGCGGAGAGGACCGGGAUGGCCUAACUGUGUCUUGCUGUCAGUGGUCUAUCAGCAGUGAGCUACCUGGACCAGAGGAGGUGUGCAUGAGAGGCAGCAGCAGCAGCGUGCAGAGAUGAGUGUGACCUCCUGGUUCCUGGUGAGCAGUGGGGGGACUCGCCACCGUCUGCCCCGGGAAAUGAUCUUUGUCGGCCGGGACGACUGCGAGCUCAUGCUACAGUCCCGCAGUGUGGAUAAGCAGCAUGCAGUCAUCAACUAUGAGGCUGGGACUGAUGAACACAAGGUCAAGGACCUGGGCAGCCUGAAUGGGACUUUUGUAAAUGAUGUCCGCAUUCAGGAGCAGAUGUACAUCACUCUCAAGUUGGAGGACAAGCUGAGGUUUGGAUAUGAUACCAACUUGUUCACGGUGGUGAGAGGAGAGCUCACUGUGCCUGAGGAAGCUCUAAAGCAUGAAAAGUUCACCAGCGGCCUCCAGCUUAGCAAGAAGCCGUCCAAUGGAGAAACCACUACUGCCGCAACCACAAGCAAGUCUCCCACUAAGACCCCUACAAAGACUCUGAAAUCCCCCAGUAGUGGCACCACAAAGGCAUUGGCGAGCCGAACAACAGAUGGGGUUGCUUCCUCCAAAGAGCCGUCAGCUAAACCUGUGGACUCUCACAAAGCUGAGGAGAGGAUAGGAGGGGAUGUUACGGCGCUGCCUCGUGGGACCCCCCUGUACGGCCAGCCGUCUUGGUGGGGGGAUGGGGAUGCAGAUGAUGAGAAUUCCUUCAAACAAGAAACCAAGUCAUCCACGAAAAAACAUGACAGCUCCACUUCAGAGAGCAAAGAGGCACGUCGGGGGGAGAAAGCUAAAGAGGACGGCCUUCAUGCAUCUGCUGGCCAGGAUUCUAGUUACUUUGAGAUCCCGACCAAGGAGGGUCACAUGGCCAAUAACGGGAUCCAUGAGAUUCCCACUAAGGACACAGAGGGUUCAGCCGCUCACAGUCACAUCGCUACAGCUCAAGGUCACGCCUCCUUCACCAUAGAGUUUGACAACACUUCUCCUGGGAAAGUCACCAUUAAAGACCAUGUGUCAAAGUUCACACCCGACCACCACAGGUCUCGCUCCAAGAAGAGUGGAGCAGGAAGUGCCGGCGCAGGAGGGAGGGACUUGAGCACGCUGCAGGCCGCCAUGAUGGCAUCCGAGAGCAAGGUGGCUGAUUGGCUGGCCCAAAAUGACCCCACUCUGGUGCGCAGCGAGUCUGCCGAGGACGACAGCAAGAGCAUCAAGAGCGAUGUGCCGGUCCAUCUCAAAAGACUGAAAGGCAGCAAACAUGAGGACGGCACCCAGAGUGACUCAGAGAACGGGCUGGGCUUGCGUUUCGCCAACCGCCGCCAUGCCCUGGAGGAACGCCUAAAAGCAGCACACAGCCACGUGGGAGGAGGAGCAGGAGGCGGCAACGUAACAGUGAGCGGGUCCAAAACAACUGGCACCCGGACGGCCUUCAUGAUCGAAUUCUACGACGAGGAAAACCCUCGCAAGCGCAGAUCAUAUUCAUUUUCUCAGACUGCACCCCUGCUGGGGGGAGGAGCUGGUGGGGAGGCACUGUGUCCUCAGCCUCCCUCUCACCCCAAGGUGUUUAGCAUUUCCACCUCUGCCUCUACGGCUUCAGACUCAGGUAAAGUCCCAGCUCCAAUACCAGCUACUGUGACUGUAGGUGCCCCUACAGCUGCCCGCGUGCUCCUAAAGCAGAGGUCAGAGGAUCCGAGUAUCGGUCGGAGCUCAGCCAGUACCGGGCUGGCGACGGGUAGCCCCACCAGCCCCAGUGAGGACACCUCGGUCCUGGGCCGAGGAGGAGGUGCAGCUGGAGCGGAGGGAGAGGACGACCACAGCGAUAAGGGGACCUACACUAUCGAACUGGAAAACAGGAACCCAGAGGAAGAGGAGGCCAGGCGCAUGAUAGACAAGGUGUUUGGUGUGCAGCAGAACACAGACUCCUCUAUUCUGUCAGACCUAAAAGCAGAAGGAAAAGGAAAGGAGCCAGGAGAAACUGGGAAAGAGGCUCUUCCUGGUGACUCAAGCUGGGUCUCUCAGUGGGCCAGUUUAGCUGCCAAUCACACCAGGACAGAUCCAGAGGGGUCGGGAGCAGAGACAGCCGCCUUCCUGGUCAAAGAGAGAGGUGCUGAUGCCUUUGAGUCUGGUGCAUCCCUCAGCAGAGGUGAAUCCUCCUCCAGUCUGACCGACCGUAAGCGCAGGACCCUCCCCCAGCUUCCUGUGGAUGACCCCCGGGCUAAAUCCACUACCAAAGCUCUGAGGUCUGAGAUAGGGGAGAAACAGGACACUGAACCCCAGGAGAAAGAGAACAAGGGAGACGGGGAGUCCCCAACUCCCAUGGAAGACGGUGAGAUGACCAGUAAGCGGAAACAAAGCUCCAUAUCCUCCCCAUCCAAGGCUCCUCUCCGGACCUCUGGCAGCUCUGAGAGGAGGAAGAGGUCAGAGGAGAGAAAAGGAGGAGGGGCAGAAGGAGGAGAGAAGUCUGGGAAGCCUUUAGUCCGCCAGGGCAGCUUCACCAUUGAGAAACCAAGCGCUAAUGUUCCUGCAGAGCUCAUCCCACGCAUCAACAGAGGCGGCAGUGGGCGCGAACGUAGUGACUCUGUGGGCAGCAUGGAUACUGCUACACUGCUGAAGGACACUGAAGCUGUCAUGGCAUUUCUAGAGGCCAAACUGAGAGAUGAAAACAAACUAGACCAGAAAGGUAGUAAAACUGGCAUCACUACUCAGGGUUCUGGCUUUCCCCCUCGGACUGACUCCAUCUCUCCUGAGUCAGAUGUGGACACUGCCAGCACAGCUAGUCAUGCUGCUGGAGAAGCAGAGAGGAAAGCAGCUGGUGGUGUACAAAAGCGACGCUCUCUUAGCAGCAUGCACCGGGAGAAAAGCAAUAUGAGCACAGCCUCCAAGACCAGCGUCACAAACGCCAGUGCUCGUGAACGUUUGGAGAGGAAGACCAAAAGCAGAACAACUGAAACAACGACUCGGACUGAUGCACGCCGCUCUGUUCAGCCAUCUUCUGCCUCCUCCAGAGCACGCCAGCCUUCUCUGGAUCUCACUGAUGACGACCAGACUUCCUCCUUCCCCAUCUCUGACAUCCUCUCCUCAGACCAGGAGACCUACUCUGGACCUCUGGGGCACGGACGUGGUUUAGAUGAUGUCCUCCAUUCCAAACUUGAUAGCAGGUCUGCGAAGAAUUCCAACAGUGGUUCCUCCAAAACCAGUCGCACUCUCCAGGCAGCCACAACCUCAUCCCUAAACAAGCAGGCCUCACUUCCUCAGCCGCGGCCCACGAGAGCCUCCCUCCUCCGCCGUGCCCGACUCGGGGACACGUCUGAUACUGAUCUGGCUGAUGCAGACAGGGUUUCUGUGGCUUCUGAGGUGUCCACAACCAGCUCCACCUCAAAGCCGCCAAGUGGUCGGAAGGGACUGUCACGGCUGGACAUGCUGGCUCAGCCACGAAGGAACCGUCUGGGCUCCAUCUCAGCCCGCAGUGACUCAGAGUGUACAGUUACUCGGAGCUCCACCUCUUCACCCCGCCUGUCCGCUGAGACUGCCCUACGUCUGGGUUUGCGCUCAUCGACACCCACAGAGAACAGGCUGACACCCAGGAUGAGGGCCAACAGUGUAUCCAAACUGAAUGAGGCCAAGACAAAGACCACUACAUCCGGAUACUGCUCGCCCACAGAGAGCUCUCAGCCUGAACCUGCAGAGGGUGAUGCAGAGGAAGAGCUGAUGGUGUCCAGUAGCAGCAGGUGGAGACGUCUGCCACCGGAGUACGGCUCCACUUCAGAGGAAGAGUUUGGCUCCAACCGGAAUUCUCCGAAGCAUGGAGGACGCUCUCACGUUCGUCCUCACCACCUCGUCCCACACCGCAACUCCAGACUCGGCGGCGCCACCACGAGCCCAAGCCCCGGUGUGGUGACGGGUCCGGGGGGAGUGGGGAUGAAACACCGCAUGAAAGAGCAAGAGGAGUACAUCAGGGACUGGACAGCGCACAGCGAGGAGAUAGCCAGGUUAUUCCCCUGUGUGCGCAGGAUCAGCCAGGACUUGGCUAAGGACUUGGCCAUCUUGGCCCGCGAAAUCCACGAUGUGGCCGGUGAGAUCGACUCAGUCAGUUCAUCCGGCACAGCACCCAGCACCACCGUCAGCACCGCAGCCACCACCCCGGGAUCGGCCAUCGACACCCGGGAAGAGGUAGGCCCUGCACGUCCCUCGCAGCUGGACAUACAGGAGAGCAUGAAAAAGUUGGUGGAUCGGGUGUUCGACGAGAGCCUCAACUUCAGGAAGAUCCCUCCUGUGAUUUCAACCAACAAGGCACCAGAGAUCAACGGUAAACCAGUGGAGCUCCGCCCUCGUGCUCCCGACAGCCUGGAGCCCCGAGCUCUGAGGAGACGCACCUGGAACCGAGAAGAUGCGGUGUUGGACAGUCUGCUGCUCAAUUCAGUGUCUCAGCUCUCCACAAAGAUCAGACACUCUGUUGACAAGACAGCAGGGAAAAUCAGGAUUUUAUUUAAGGACAAAGACAGGAACUGGGAAGAAAUUGAGAACAAACUGAGAUCAGAGAGUGACAUACCACUCCUUAAAACCUCCAACAAGGAAAUCUCUUCAAUUCUGCUCGAGCUGAAAAGAGUCGAGAAGCAGCUGCAAGUGAUCAACGUGAUGGUAGACCCAGAUGGGACUCUGGACGCCUUGGCCAGCCUCGGCCUGACCAGCCCUACAACCCCUAACAAGCCCGAAGCCGCCAAAACAACCUCCCCGACCGCCACUAACCCUGGGUCGGCGCCCCCAGCCAAAGAAUCGCUGCCGGAGAUCCUUCCGGGGCCUGGAGGCUCAGCAGCCCCUGCUAGGGUUCAGACUUCCUCCGCCAGCACGGAGGCGAACGCACGAGACGCCAGCGUGGGUUUGGGGUUAGCAGGAGUCGGAGGACGGCCUUUCAACCGCAUGAGGCCGAGCGGAGAGGAGGCCAUCGCUCAGAAGUGAGCUGGAAGCUUCCCUGAAAUGAAGUCUGGGUGAAUAAACAUGAGUCUGGAUGGAAGCAAGCGGUGAUCAGUGUUGGCAGGUGUUGAAACAUUUUAUUUUUUUUAUGUUUUUGGACAGAACAGCGGCCAUUCUGCUGAUUAAACCACUCUAGGACCCUAUUUUAGCAAAAGGCUGGAAAUGAAGUGCUUCAGACUCCACUCUCUGACUGAUGCAUCAUAUACACAUCCUCCAACACAGACUGACCCAUGAAUGAAAUAAACAGACAAUAAUAUUUUGAUUUUAAACUCUUCAUGCUAGCUGACGUCCUGGUGGGCUGAAGGCCACCAGGCUGCUCUCUCAGCGGACAGAACUUUGUGGUUGUACCGUCUCCUCCACUUCCUCUUGCCUUCUCCACGUGUCUGGACCCAUCCUACAAUAAGAACAUGCCUUAAAACACACCCUGGAUAGUAGCAGCCCAAACCCCCCUGUCCUCCUCCACUUGUAAGACUUUAACACAGACAAACAGAAUGCAUUGUAAAGUAUGUUCUAUUUACACUCUAAUGAAAUACACUCUGCAAUAAUUUAUUAGCUCUGAUCCAGUGUAAAGAAUAUUUCAGCAGCCUUAAGUAACCACCCUGACAAACCACGUGUUCCAAGAAGUGUUCACAAAUCAAGCUGAAUUGCAGAUGUUUUAUAUAUUUCAGAAUUGUAACCGUCCAUUGAACCAUGUCAGACUGAUUUGUAGUGCCUCCUACUACUUCUCCUUCACCUUUUCUGUUUUCCAUCAUUCCUUCCCUCCUUUUCUGUCCCAGUAGCUGGAAACACACCGCAGUAGCACGUACAGGACAGAGCUGCAAGUCGGUGUCCAGGUCGAUCUUACUAAUACCGAAUGGUGGUUUUUACUCAACAGUAACAGCCUUUUGGGAAACCAAUGAUGAUAUUAACUUACCAAAGUUAACAUGUUUCUUGAUAAAAGUCAUUUUCAAACAGUUUAGAGCCAUCUUGAAAUUGUGCAAAAGCUGAUCUUGCAGUUCAUCUCAGCGUCACUUUCCUCCGCAGUUCAUCUCUUUCUCUGAAUGUCAGCAAUUCAAAGAUUCAAGAAGCUUAUUUGAUUUUAAAGGAACUCUUUUAAAUCGUUUCUGAUAGAUGCUCUUUGGCCCAGACGGGGAGAAUCAGUGCCCUUAGCUUUCUACUACAGUACGUCCACUCAAGUGCCCUAUGAUUUCCAAUUGGCUUUUUUCUACUUUCUCCAGUCACCGGUGAUGGGACUUCUUUUUCAAUGUGUCAAAACUGUUUGAAUAUUUUAGAAUUUCUAGAUACUGGUAUUGUACUUUUUUAAUGCUUUGACUUUUUGAUUUUAUUUGUUGCCAACAAAUGUGAGAAACCGGAAGAGGAAAAAGCUGUUAAAUUGGUUUUAAUUAAUGUGUUGUCAAAAAGAAAAAAAGGGCAACUCACAAGAAGGCCUUUUGUGGUUUGAAAUAAGUCGGUGAACUGAAACGAUCACAUCUCGUUCUAUGAAAUCUGCUUGCGAUGCGGCUUCUUAUCGGUGUAAAUAGAGAAGACGCGUUGUUUUAUUUCUACACCAACAGGAGGAAGUUCCAGCACACGGAUACUGUGGAACUGCAGACAGAAUAAUUAACCUCUUUCUCAGUGACAUUGCUGCUUUUGUAGUUACUUAAUGGGGAAUAAGCAUUUUCUGAAUCUCUCUUCAGCUUCUAGUCUGUGUUCUAGAGUAAGAUGACUUAAAGGCAGUGUAUUAGUACUUAGAUACUCCUACCAUAGUGACUUUAGGUACCAGAAUACAUGUUCAUUUCCUUUUCUCUAUCCUGUACUGUACAAUGUCUUUCAAUGCCUCCAAGUGCCCAUUUUGACAAUAGCAGGGCAUUGAUUCAAAGAGGAAAAAAAGGUGUAGUUGUCUAAAAAAGGUUUCUCUUAUUUUGCACAUUGGCUUGUGAUGUUUUUUUCAUGCAGAAGUAGUGAAGAAGCAGUGAAAGGCUGCAUCAGAUGAGUGGUAUCAAAAGUGACUGCCUUGCCUCUCUGGAACUAUUCUGUCUGUACAAAAAAAAGCCUCUAAUUGUGUUUUUAUUUUGUUUUUCUCCCCCAUUUUAUCAGAAAAGAAGAAAUUAGGGGACUGUAAAUGCUAGGUACAUGUUUAUUUUUUAAAUUCUACGUGUCGUCUGAUCAGUGUUCUUUGUAUUUUUUUCCUUGUUAUUUUUGUAAAGAAAACCACCAUUUUAUUUAUUUUUUGUUUUAAUAUGUGAAUGUUUCAUGCAUUUUAUAUUUGUUCAACUAUCUUCAUUGGUUCUUACUGUUAAUAAAACAGAGCCAUUUA